AUGUCUCGCCACCACCCCGAUCUCAUCAUGUGUCGCAAGCAGACCGGAAUAGGUCAGUCCCUCUCUCCUGGUCUAUGUUCCAUUGCUCAGUGCCAGGUCCCUCCCUCAUGCUGACCAACCCAAACCCGCCUUCACUCCUUGUACUCAGCCAUCGGUCGGACAUGCGAGAAAUGUGACGGCAAAUGGUAAGCACAAAGCUCUCACUCGUGGUCUUGGAGGAUCCACUCCGAACUCACACCUCCCCUUUCUCGUUCACUCGCACUCGCACUCGCAACCCUCUCUCAAUCGACCCCCGGCCCGGCCUACAGUCCCAUCUGCGACUCGUACGUCCGACCGGCCGAGAUCGUGCGCAUCUGCGACGAAUGCAACUUCGGCACCUACGGGGGGAGGUGCAUCGUCUGCGGCUCAAAGGGGAUAUCCGACGCUUAUUACUGCACCGUACGUUCCCCAUCUCUUGGAACGGGCUGUGCGCACCUUACUCUGACUGAAUUUUACUCCUCCGUUCCAUUGUGUGACAGGAAUGCGUCCGCCUCGAAAAAUCAAGGGACGGCUGCCCCAAGAUCGUCAACCUCGGCGCAUCGAGGACCGACUUGUUCUACGAACGCAAGAAAGCGGGCCAGUUCGUCAAAGGGUAG